AAAAUACCCUAUCAUUGACGUUGACGGCCUUGACGAUGUCAACUGUCAGAUCAUGGUUGUUGAUCGAUUCAGUUUACUCUCAUUUUGUUUUUAUUUUAAUAAAAUGAAAACAAAGCGUUAUAUGAUAUUCUAAUGCAUCAAGCAGUGUUUCACGACUUAACCCAGACAUUACUUUUAUAGUUCUGUGUCAAUAUUUUACAAUAAAGUAUUGUUUUUGGUUAUAAGUAUUCGCGUAGUGAUCAGCUGUUUUUAAAAAUAUGGGUUUUGUGGAUAACUACACAGCGAGCCUCUCGGCGACAUUUUACGAGAUGAUUGUGGAAUACGUGGACACAGAAUACAGCUUAUGGCUGACAUGGUUCCUCAUGCCUGUGGUGGUCACAUUUCUCCUGCCAGCCGUCAUCAUACUACUGAUAUACGUCAGCGCCAUCAUCUUCCACCUCUACAGGCUUUACAGGUUGCGGGUGGUGGAUGGGGUCCAGAACGACUGGCGGCAAGCGGCGAGCCUCGCGGUCUGCGCGCUAUGGGACGCCCACGGGUGGCUGUGGCAUGGUUACGACAUCCAAGGCAUCGAAAACAUCCCAAACGGGCCGUUCCUAGUGAUCUACUACCACGGUGCGCUGCCCAUCGACAUGUAUUACUUCACCGCACGCAUGCUGCUCUUCAAGAGAUUGCACAUACACACAGUAGCUGAUCGGUUCAUGUUCAAGAUACCUGGCUGGAAAACACUUUUGGAAGGCCUGUGCGUGAUUCCCGGCACCGUGGGCGAAUGCGUGGCGGUGCUGCAGAAGGGAAACCCGCUGGCCAUCUCCCCUGGAGGGGUGUACGAGGCGCAGUUCGGAGACCACACCUAUAAAUUAUAUUGGAAGAAUAGGCUUGGUUUUGCGCGUGUCGCUAUACAGGCUAAAGUGCCAAUAAUCCCAAUGGUGACCCGCAACGUCCGCGAGGCGUUUCGCACGGUCGGCUGGCUGCGCGGCGCGUGCCGUCGCCUGUACGCGGCUACACGCGUCCCUCUCGCACCCGUGUAUGGGGGGUUCCCUGUGAAGUUGGUCACACACUUGGGGAAGCCGAUCGAGUACGACCCGAGUUUGACGCCGGAGCAGUUAGCUAAGAAGGUAUCAAAAGCGAUAGAGGACCUAGUGGAAGAGCACCAAACCGUCCCGGGCAACAUCCUCCGAGCCCUCACCGAGAGGAUCGUGGACCUGCCGAAGCGGAGGCCGGAGCCCCGCCGCAACGGCAAGUGCCCCGCCGGCGUCAGCCCUACGGCAGACGGGAAAACUAAAGUCUCAUAAAACUGGUAGUAUAUUUAGGGUUAUAUUAAGUAGAGCACACUGGCUUAACCCCUCAAAUCACAGUUCUGCCAAAAAAACCUUGAGGGUUUUUAAAAAUGAUUUGUAUAAUCGCUUUAAAACGAGGGGUUGUUAUUAGGGUUGUCUUUAAAAGUAACGUACGUUAAAAUUUCAUUUGACAUUUUCUCUUUAAGACGAAAGGGGACGACUGCCCUGAAAUCGCCUUUCCGUACAAACGUAGUCUCAAUUUUCCUCUCUGGAUAUUUACAUUAUUGAAAACAUUUUUACAAAAGUUGUGUACUUUAAUCAUAGCAUUCAUAGCUAUGCCCGACCGUGUGAUUUUUUAAAGAUUUUUAUUAUUAUUAUAAGAGCAUUUAAAAAUUUGUAUGAAACCUGUUUUUAGCUCCUAACUUUUAUAAUAAUUCAAAAUACUAAAAAAUAUUCAGCGGUCCGGUCAUAGGCUAAAAUACAUAAAAUUCUGUAAAAAAUAUUUUCCAUAAUGUCAAUAUCCAGGGAGGAAAAUGACGACUACGUUUGUAUGGAGAAACAAUCGUCCCCUUUCCUGUUAAGUUUAAUAACAACUGUGACGUUUUCUGACAAACAUGUUAUUUGCCUGCCUUAAUUGUCUCUCAAAAACAAAUAUACAAAGUAAACGGCUGCCUAGUCUAGUUGGUUUGGGGCCAGGACGAUCUGCGUAAAACAAAUAUUUAUUAAUAUAUAUUUAUUUAAAUACCCCGGCCAUUUUCAUAGUACUGUAAAACCACCCAACUGUGAAAUUUGUCAUUUGAAAAGUGUUACAUCUGUUACAGAAUGAAGAGAGACAUAUCAUAUUAUUUUGAUUGAGUUAUUUACUUGUUUCAAUAAAUUAAAAUGUUAGUUAUAUCAAUACAUUCGUGUCUUAGAAUAUGUGUGUGCUCUUUAAUAAGUGUAUAUUUUGUAGAUAUACUAGCCGUAAGACAGAUUUUUAUUUUUUGCCGAUUAUUUCCUUAGAUUUCGAAAAUAUUGGUUGGUUUGAAGAGGUUGGGCCGAAUGCCUACGAGAUCACAACUUGUUUCAAAUAAAUAUAUGUAAUUUUUCGUUGGGUUACGAAAAUUAUAUACGUGUUCGUAACUCAGUGGAAGAGUUUUAGGACAUAGGGUGGAAUUGCACUAUAUUGUACAAAAUAGGGAAAUCUUAUCUACGCACCAAAUUUUAUCGAAAUCUAAGUCGACCAUAAUGAAAAAUCGGCUCAUGAAUGAAAAGUUCUUCGUCAAAAUGUAUAAAUAAGUUUUGUGUGUGUAUAUUUUUGAGUUCUUUUUUUGCUUUUUGUAGGAGAGGCUUAGAACUUGGAGGAUAUAAUCAAAUACGCCUUGUCUGUAAUUUUCUGUACAAAACAGUCUGCCGAUUUUUGCGGAGGAGGGGCACGUCAAAUGUAUACGUUACGUAAAAAUAACCAUGUCAGAUAAACGUCAGUCCAUACAGUGUCUAUGACCAUUGGUCAUAGAGUUUCGACAGAGGGGAACGCGUAUUAAUGGCUACUCCGUUUGGUUAUAUCCUCCAAGGCUUAGAAUGAAUGACUGUAUUAAUUCAGAUAGAUUUGCCUAAGUUUAGAUUAUGUAGUACUUAUACGUGUAAAUGAGUGUUAUGUUAGUUGUAUUUACUCCUUUAUUUCAUUUAUUUAAAAGGCUCUCGGUCCUAGCUAUAGUACCCUACCCACUUAUUCAGUUUCAUGGAGGUCUAGCAGGCUAAGGAAGAUGUGACCCCUGUGAGGAAUAGCGAGGUUAAUUUUCCCAUACGUUAGGUAACACAUGAAAAGUGCAAAUAGAGCGUAAAUUUUGAUAUUUUAAUAUUGUUGACAACUGAUUGUAUGGGAAACUUAGUUAUGAUAUAAUAGCACUAUCAGUGCCAAGUCCAUAUAAAAAUAGAAACCGCAUAGCGGGCAGUAAGUGUUAAAGGCCAGUGCACACCGGCUGCGUGUGCGUGCGCUAUAAUGUUAGAGCCGUGCACGCACUUGUAACGCAAGCGGUGUCGGCUGUCAUAAUGAUCCGUAUAUUACAACGCGCACGUAGCCGGUGUGCACGGGCCUUUAAGAACAUACCUAGGUACCUAUUUUAAAUAAGUAAUGAUAAUGUUACAUUUCUUCCAUAUUAAACUCGUAAUAUUAUCAGUGAAUAUUUUUAUGAUGCUACUUAAAUAGGUCCCUAGAUUUGUAAAGGGUCAUCUUAUGAUUAGUACUUUAUUUAUAUAAAAUUAUUGUGCCUAAUGUGUAUCUCGUUUAGCCCCCAGCUAUACAUAUAUACGCAAAAUAGCUACUUAAUACAAUAUAGGUUCAUAUUUAACUAUGUAUGUAAAAAUAUAUAAGAAAACUAGGUACAAAUAUAUAAGUAUGGCAAACUCAGCAUUUUAAAUGUUUAGAGAACGUGGAGUUUAUGGCGCUAUUAUACUAGUCUUAUCAUGGCGAUUUGACAUAAAUUAAUAAAGUCGUUCUCCACCAUUAAGGACUCUACAGACCCUGCAGCAAAUCGCAUGCGAUUUUUAAUACCUAUUGCGGCUUUUGACCGAUUAAUUAGACUCAUUGAACCAACAUAGCCGGCAAUGUAGUAGGCUGCAAAGUUAAGUAACCCCCCCUGCGAACAAAUUUCUAUGCAGGGGUCAGGGGGCAGGGGAGGGGGGGUCACUCAACUCUGCAGCUUACUGUACAUGUCUAAAAUCGCAUGCAAUUUGUUGCAAGGUGAGUCUUAUACUUAUAUUGACUGAAUCUGACUAAUGUAAUUGCGCCUUUAGUUGCAUUUUUGGAUAUAUUCCAUAUUAGGACUGUAUUUUCAUUCCUUUAAAAUUAUUU